UAUUUCCUAAUGUUAUUUUUUUAACAUUAACCUAAUAAAAAUGUCAUGACUGAUUAAAACUAAUAUAACGGGGCUUCAUUAUGCCGUCGUGUUGUGAUACAGCUGUUCAAUCGGGGUGCAUAUUUAGACUUUUUGAAGAUAAUUCAAUGAGUGAUCGCAGCUUGAGAAUGCAUCACAGCUAUGUGAUCAUAAAUUAAACAGUUGCACUAUCCAACAAAUUCUCUGUUAAAGGUUCAACCCUUGAUGGCACUGAAUCUCUUACACGUAGUACUGACUACACUGCUAUAGGUAGAAUCAAUCAACAAAUAUUCAUGCCCAUUAGCUGCUUAUUCGAGGCCUAGCCCGCAGAGCCCGACCACGGCUGAUUUGCGAAAUAAGAUAAGACUUUGAUGUAAUACAGAAUUUUCUGUAGUAAGGUAAUAACAACCAUUAAAUAAAAUUGUUACCACUCCCGCUAACUCAUAACAUUAUGAUGUAUCUGAUACAUGCGUUCGGUAUUUCCACGGUAUUUCACAUUCAUAACAACAAACUAUUACCACAUUGAAACGACCUUCUAUGUUCGAGAUUGCAAAUUGUAAAAGCAUUGCCUACGAUCUUCCCCGAUCGGAGCUAGAGGAAUCAGUUACAGUUUAGCGAUGACACCGUACGAACCGUUCAGUUGUUGUUGAUACUUAGGUCAGGAUUUAUGUAAAUGGAAAAUUUUGUAUCACAUCGUGCAAUUAUGUAUCAUUCAAUGGAAUGGCUCCCUCUACUGCUUGGCUUGCUGUACGUCGGAUCGCAAACACGCGCACAGGAGAACCAUUUAACGUGUGGUAAACGCACAGUGACGACGGAAUACCUCAUUCACGAUGGCAUGGACACUAAGGCAGGUUUUUGGCCGUGGCAUGUGGCUAUCUUUCACGAACAGACUGGAAAGAUGCACUACAAAUGCGGUGGAUCCAUCAUCGACGAGAACACCAUUCUUACAGCUUCUCAUUGUGUGUAUACCCAAAGCGGUGUGAUUUCGAUAUCGCGAGUGUCGGUGGAUGUGGGACGAAUUCAUCUAAACGAAUCAAGCGAAUACACGCAGACGCACCGUGUGCGAGAGAUAAUAGUUCAUCCGGGAUUUAGCAAAAACAGUAUCGUCAACGAUAUUGCUCUGAUCAAGCUGAGUUCGAACAUCACGAUGAACAAGUACGUGCAACCGGUCUGUCUGUGGACCAUGGACAGCAAUCAGGAGUUGAUCGUGGGUAGAAACGGAACCAUCGUUGGAUUCGGAUACAACGAACAGGACAUUGUGUCGGAUCAGCUGAAACAGGCAUUGAUUGGUGUGGAGGAUCCGUUUAGUUGCAUUGCAGACGAUCGGGGGGUGUUCGGAACUCACCUGACGUCGGACAUGUUUUGUGGUAAAGGGCAGAAGGGUGUGAGUGCGUGCAAUGGAGAUAGCGGCGGCGGAAUGUUCUUCGAGAUCGGUGGUAAAUGGUUCGUGAGGGGUCUGGUGUCGUUUACUCCAGCACGCUUAAGUACAGCACUGUGCGAUCCGCUGAAGAACACGGCUUACACGGAUGUGGCCAAGUAUCUGGAAUGGAUUAAACCGUACAUUGAUGAGCGAGUGCUUACGUAUGGGAGUGAUUUGUUCGAUGUAGACUAUGUGGAGAAACUACGAUUAUUCAACUUCCAAACUUGCGGUUUGAAGUCACCUGUUUAUGCUAAAAAUGGUACUGGUUGGACACUACCGUGGAUUGGUUUGGUCAUACCACUUGGUGAAGCUUCAUAUAAGUGUGUUGUUACACUAAUAAGCGAGUGGUACGCGGUUGGGCCAGCACAUUGUUUCGAAAACGAUGGUGUCAAGUCGACCGUUGUACUAGGUUUCGCAUUUGAGUCGUCGAGCAUAGAAUGUUUCGAAAGUCAUGGGUCCGCCGUCUGUACACAUCCAGUACAAAUGCGACAAAUUCAAAGGAUCAUAGUACACCCGAAGUUCAACAUUAACAAUUCUACGGACAAUAUCGUACUGAUCGAGUUGUUGAGCCCGGCAGACACCACACAACCGAAUGUGAAGCCCAUCUGCCUACCUGUAACAUCCGAGCUUCGAACGAGAGAACCGAGUAGCUUAAGUGUGCCAACAAAGUUUGGGAGAACAAUCGAACUUAAAAGCAUACCCGUGCACUACAUGGAGGCUGCCGAGUGUAUGCGACAGUACACUCAACGGCAGAUUGUGCUUGAGUUGGGAAACAAACGGAUCUGUGCAGAACUGGUGAACAAGCAGGAUUCGCUUACAUGUAGAGCGCUGGAAGCGGGUGCCCCGCUCCAGGAAACGAAGACAUUCAAUGGUACGGACCGACACUUUCUGUGGGGGUUUGAGCUACAUGGGUCGGCCUGUAAUGUGCAUCCACCGCCCGUGUACAUCGAUAUCGAAGCUUAUCUUGACUGGAUACUGUACAACAUGAGGUACAACGUGCUAGAAACAACAGAUUCGGAUAAAAUCACAAAAAACCAAAGAAUUGCUCGAAUCCGAGUGGAGCAAGCUGCAGCAGCAGCCGGGAAAGGAAAGGUUACGUCUUUUCAAUAUGGACACCUGCGGCAUAGUCAGUCCCCAUUAUCAGAUAAAUAAUGCAAUGCCCAUUAUGCCCUGGAUUGGUUAU